CUAAUUAUUAACACAGGUCUUCUGUAAACACGCCAAAACACGGAAAUAUGGCCUUGUGGUUACACUAACCCUAACACUAUAAAAGCCAAUUUUGACUUUGUGGCUGUGGUAACUAGUGACAACCCAAGAACACCAGUGUGGCCAUAACAAAGCAAGUCUAAAUGAGAGGAUUACGACGCCUCCCCCUAGCCUCAGUGGCUAUGGUUUGGGGCAGGGUUCCCUGCAGACUAAACAGCAGAGGGGGACAACCCCCCGCUCCUUUGGGAGCGAGGAUUCUGACCAACCCUGAGGACGUCUUCCAGCAUAACAUGUGGGACCAUGUGAAAUGGUCUGAGGAAGAGAAAGAAAAAGCCAGACAAAAGGCAGACGAUAAUUCUAGCUUACGCAUUCCAUUGGAAGAGCAAGGCAAAUAUGACAUAGACGCCUGUAAAUACUGGGACAGCUUUUAUGAGAUGCACCAGGACAAGUUCUUUAAAGAUCGCAAGUGGCUGUUCUUGGAGUUCCCAGAGCUUCUUCCUUUGGGGCUAGAGAGCAGUGCUACUGAGGAGAGACCGUGUGGGCUGCGUGCCCCAUGCCCAGAGCCUGGCGUGUCCGGCAGGGAGAAAGAGAUGGGCCAGCAGCGGCAACAUGCACCCAGUCAUCAGCACAUAGAUCCACUGACUAGUGAUUGCCAGCAGUCCUGUAAUCAAAAUGGGAGAGACACUGCAGGGGCUGCCAGGCAGACCAGCUCUUUCCCAGGCGAACAUGCAACUUUCAGGAUCUUAGAGGUUGGAUGUGGGGCUGGUAACAGUGUGUAUCCUAUUGUCAGCUCUAUUAAAGACACAGGGGCAUUCUUAUACUGCUGUGACUUUUCCCCUCGUGCUGUCCAGCUGGUCAAGGACCACCCAGACUAUGACCAGUCUGUGUGUCACGCCUUUGUUCAGGACGUCUGUGACGAGGUGGGCUCCUUUCCGUUCCCUCCACUGAGCUUGGAUGUUAUUCUGCUGGUCUUCGUGCUGUCCUCCAUUCACCCCGAGCGAGUCCAAGGAGUUGUGACCCGGUUGUCUCAAUUCCUGAAACCCGGAGGGAUACUCCUCUUCCGGGAUUAUGGCAGAUAUGACCUAUCACAACUACGGUUCAAAAAAGGUCAAUGCUUGUCAGAGAAUUUCUACUCAAGGGGAGAUGGAACUUGUGUUUAUUUCUUCACAAAGGAUGAAGUUCACAGUUUAUUUUCCAAUGCUGGUUUGGAAGAAAUUCAGAAUCUGGAGGAUAGGCGACUACAGGUGAACAGAGGGAAGAAAGUUGUAAUGCGCAGAGUGUGGAUGCAAAGCAAGUUUAAAAAACCUCACCCACUAGCACCACCAUUGUAGUCUACCACCACGGUCCCUGCUCGGACCAACAUGUUGCCCCAGGUUGGCUUUACCAAGAACUUGUCUAUCCAAAUCAGAGGUCAGAGGGAGGUCAUAAGCAUGACUCAGUGCAGUGAGAUGUGUUAGUGUGAUGCAUUUACAGUACCACUGGGAUGGUCCAUUAUCGGGCUGAGGGAGUGGUCAACUAUCGUGCCAAGGAAGUACCUUCUUGUUGUUGUGUGCUUAUUAUGGGUUUCACAUGCCAUGUAUGUAAAACUCACUUUUUGUAAGGAGACAAAUAUAAUUUAUUUGUCUGAGUGUAUGCAUACAUAUACAUAUUUAAUUAAACAGUUUUAUGUUGUAUAAACCCAUAAAAUGAAAAUCUGUGAAUAAUACUGUCAUAAAAAUGACUUAUUUGUACCUUCCUUAGUUGGACAUUAAAAUUGUACCUGCUACA